AUGUCUUCUAUAAGUGAUCCUAUAUUACCCAUUGUCAAUGGCACAUCUUAUUGUACCAUCACAGUUUUCUCAGAAUCGAAGUAUGAUGUGAUGGUUCUUUUUUAUAGUAAAAUUUUAGGUUUGGAAAAAGUAGCUGCUGAGGUAUCCCCUAUUCAGAGUGUUCUUUUAUCUAAUGAGCAGUUGUCUCUGAAGAUUAAUUUAGUUAUCGAUAUCACAAAGAAUAAGGAUUUUGAAGUUCAAAGACAGGUGUUUGUAGAAAAGCAAAAGAGUUCAGAUUGGAGAAGUAUGAUGGAUGAAUAUGUAUCGUAUACAGUAUCAGAUUUUUUAGUACUGCAAGAUAACCUAAUUGAGUUUAGUGUUCCUUAUCAGUGUCAGCCUAAUGAUAUUUCGCCAUCUCAAAUUUUUUCCUUGGAUCCAGAAGGAAAUUUGGUUGGUUUUGUUUCGACAAAAAAUAGUGUCAGUACUAUGAUACCUAAAUCUACUACACUCUCUUCCGUUAUGUCAUCAAAGACCAUAUCAAGGGUUCAUUCCUCUACUAGUCUUGACUAUUCUGUUGAAACAGGAACAACUUAUCCAUCACUACCAAUUGGAAAUUUAAAUCAACCAAAUAAAAAGAAAUGUAUAGCAGUGUUGACAUCUGGUGGGGAUGCACCAGGCAUGAAUUCUGUUGUUCGGGCAGUUGUGAGGACAUCGAUAUUUAAGAAUUGUCAACCAUUUAUUAUAAUGGAGGGUUAUGAAGGGCUUGUAAGAGGUGGAGCGGACUAUAUUCGUCCCUUAUACUGGGAAGAUGUCAGUGGGUGGAAUUCAAUUGGUGGUACUAACAUUGGUACUGCGCGUUGUAGUAAAUUCAAAGAAAGAGAGGGCAGGAUGCUAGGUUGUUUACAUCUACUUGAAGCAGGUAUUGAUUCCCUUAUAGUCUGUGGUGGUGAUGGUUCUUUGACAGGUGCAGAUCUUUUCAGGUCUGAGUGGCCCUCGUUAAUAUCAGAAUUAUUAAAUACUAAUAAGAUUUCAAGAGAACAAGCCGAAAGUCAUGCAACAUUAAAUAUCUGUGGUCUAGUAGGUUCUAUAGAUAAUGAUAUGUCAACUACAGAUACAACUAUUGGGGCUUAUUCAGCAUUGAAUAGAAUUUGUGAAGCAGUCGAUUAUGUGGAAUCUACAGCAGCAUCACACUCAAGGGCUUUUGUAGUCGAGGUUAUGGGGCGCAAUUGUGGAUGGUUAGCAUUAAUGUCAGGAAUUUCUGUUUCAGCUGAUUAUAUUUUUAUUCCUGAGGAAGCUGUUGAUCCACAAACUUGGAGAGAAGAUAUGUGUACGACUAUUCUAAAUCAUAGAAGUCAUAAUAAAAGAACCACUAUUGUCAUUGUUGCAGAAGGUGCUAUCGAUAAAGAUUUGAAUCCAGUAUCGGCAACGGAUAUUUAUCAGACUCUAGUUGACAGAUUAAAAUUGGAUACAAGAAUAACUACAUUAGGACAUGUUCAAAGGGGUGGUUCUGCAGUUGCAUACGACAGAGUACUUGCCACUUUGCAAGGCGUAGAAGCUGUUAAGGCUGUAUUAGAUAGUAAACUUGGAUCCGAUUCACCUAUCAUAACAAUCAGUGAAAACAAAAUAUUACGAAAGUCAUUGGUUGAAUCUGUUAAAUUGACUAAAUCUGUAUCAGCUGCUGUUUCUAGAAAAGAUUUUAAGAAAGUAUUAUCGUUGAGAGAUUCUGAGUUUAUCGAGCAUUAUCAAAAUUAUUUAGCUAUUAAUGCAGCAGAUCAGCAUGAGCCAAAACUAGCAAAAAAUGAAAGAUUGAAAAUUGCCAUUAUUAAUGUUGGUGCACCAGCUGGAGGAAUCAAUUCGGUGGUAUAUUCCAUGGCGUCAUUUUGUCUUUCGCAAGGGCAUAAACCAUACGGCAUAUAUAAUGGAUGGAGUGGACUAAGUCGUCACGAAAGCAUUCGUUCUUUAUCUUGGGAUAUGAUUUUAGGUUGGCAAACACGUGGUGGUUCAGAAUUAGGCACUAAUCGUGACACACCUUGUUCAACCGAUAUAGGUAUGAUCGCUUAUUAUUUCCAGAAGUAUCAACUUGAUGGGUUAAUUAUUGUGGGUGGAUUUGAAGGUUUAAUUUCAUUGAAUGAAUUAGAAAGGGCAAGAGAUGUAUAUCCUGGUUUCAGAAUACCGAUGAUAUUGAUUCCAGCCACGUUAUCAAACAAUGUUCCUGGAACAGAAUACACAUUAGGGAGUGAUACAGCCCUAAAUUCUUUGACUAGUUACUGUGAUAUAUUAAAAAGAACAGCAUCAUCAACUAAGGGACGUGUUUUUGUUGUAGAAUGCCAAGGUGGAAAUUCAGGUUAUCUGACAACUGUUGCGAGUAUUGCAGUGGGAGCACAUGCAUCUUAUGUCCCAGAGGAAGGAAUUUCAAUAGAUCAAUUAAUACAGGACAUCAAUAAUAUUUCAGAAGCUUAUAAAAAAAUAGAUGAUCAAAAUUCUACAAAUAGAGAGACUGGAAAAUUGGUACUAAUGACGACAAAUGCAUCGAAGGCAUUAACUGUGGAAAAUUUGAGUCAAGUAAUGACACUGGAAGCAUGCGGUACAUUUGACGUUCGAGCUGCUAUUCCAGGUCAUAUCCAACAAGGAGGUAAGCCAUCACCAAUUGAUAGGACAAGAGCUACUAGAUUUGCCAUAAGAGCAGUUACAUUUAUUGAGGAUAGCCAGGCGAUAACUUUCAACAAACGUAGUAGUGAUCAACUCUACGACGAUACAUUUGACAAAAGAAUGCGUUCAACAGCUGCAAUUCUUGGUAUUAAAGGUUCUAGGAUUAUCUUUCCAUCUGUCAGAAAAGUGUAUGAUAGUGAGACGAAUGUUAAUAAAAGAAUGCCAAAAGUUCUUCACUGGCAAUCUUUGCGUUCCAUUGCAGAUCACUUAUCUGGUAGAAAACGCAUUGUUGAAUCAUAUUAA